CAAAAUGGCGUCGUCCCGUGAAAGCAUGGACAUCGACGAUGUGAAAGACGACAAUAGUGAAUGCCAACCGAUUAUUCCGGGAUAUGCUGACAUCAAUGAAUAUUCACAGAAAGUCUUGAAAAGUGUUCUACAGGCCACGCGGUCCUCCAAUAGUCUACCGACAGGCGACGACUAUGACUUCUACUCGACAUUCAGAUCGGUCAAGGAUGUGCUGGACAUUGAGGGCAGGAGAAUCUUGCAGCUGAUAGAGAGCAUCCUACGCCAACAGAGUGUCAAGGCCAAAAUAUCGACCAACAGUGAUGUUAUUGAGUUUGAGGACAAGUUUGAUGCUGUCAUGGAUGCUAAUGAUCAGAUUCUUGAGAGAGUUGGUUCGAGCCUGGAUGAAGCCUCUGGCAUCAAGAAACCGGAGGCUGACUUGGUGUUUGCCACAGCCACAGCAAGGACAUCAACAGCAGCUAGUUGGAACAAAAAGGAGAAGAGCACAGCAGGGGACAACACAUACAGACUGCUGGCGGCACGGAACAUUGAACGUCCCCAGCUCAAGUUUAAAGUGAAGAUAGACAACAGCAACCGGCCCUUCAUCCCACAGAUUAAACACAAGCUGAAUGCUCAACAGUCUCUUGCAGACAGUUUGCGGUUACCGGAGAAAAUCACACCGCUUGAUAUGGAGAGUCCGACAUUUGUCUACCCACAUCCCUACCAAUAUGAGCUUGAUCACCUUCAGUAUAACCCCCAGCAUUUGAUGGCGACAGAAGUGCAGGAGCCUCGUCCCAUAGACUCGACACCUCUGACCCUCAUUGACACAGAGUCUGAGCUGAAGAAGCUGUGUGACCAUCUGAAGACUGUUCCGGCAUUGGCUAUUGACCUGGAGGCUCACACGUACAGGAGUUUUCAGGGGCUGACGUGCCUGAUGCAGGUGUCGACACGAGAACAGGACUACAUCAUUGACACACUGGAGCUCCGACAUAACAUGCACAUCCUUAAUGAAGUGUUCACAGACCCAAACACUGUAAAGGUAUUCCAUGGUGCUCAAUCUGACAUUGAAUGGCUUCAACGUGACUUCAACUUGUAUGUGGUCAACAUGUUUGACACAGGAGAGGCAGCUCGGACUCUGGAACAUUCUAGAGCAUCACUGGCUCAUCUCCUGAAUGUGUACUGUCAGGUGACAACAGACAAGAAGUAUCAGCUUGCUGAUUGGAGGAUCAGGCCAUUGCCAGAGCUAAUGGUGAAGUAUGCAAGGACUGACACACACUACCUACUGUACAUCUAUGACAAGAUGAAGAACGAACUGCUUCAGAAGGGCAAUGAGCAGAAGAACCUUCUCCACCAUGUCCUGUCUAAAAGCGUGCACAUCUGUGCCAGGGUGUACAGGAAGCCCGUGUUUGAGGAGAGCCAGUACCUGGACCUGUACAGGAAGAGUAAGAAACUGUUCAACUCCCAGCAGCACCAGGCUCUCCGGGAUCUGUAUGCCUGGCGGAAUAAGAUUGCCAGACAGGAGGAAGAGAGUCCCUGGUAUGUGUUCCCCAACCACAUGCUGCUGCAGUCGGCCCAGGUGCUGCCCCGUGAACAGCAGGGUGUGUUGGCAUGCUGCAGGCCGAUACCCCCCCUCGUCCGACAGAACCUGUCCGAGAUUCACAGCAUCAUCAUGGAGGCCAGAAGUGUCUCCCUUGUCAAGGUUGACCGGCCCAAAGUCCAGUUCCCCUCGGCUGCCCAGCACCCAAAGUAUGACUCGGAGAGCCUUCUUAACUGUCCUCAUGACACCUCUCACAUUAACAAGGCUGUUGCCAUGGUUACAGACGAUGAAACCCAACCAGAUUCCUCCCUGAUUUCUACAACAUCGUCUGUGUUCCGGGAUGGCAGUGGCAAGAUACCCCUCCAGGACAAUCCUAUCAUCUCCGCCUUCAGCUGGACGAGGAAGAGAACGAACAGUUUCAUGUCAACUGUUCAGAAGAAGGCAGAAGAAAUAAAGGGGAUGUUCUUGAGUCCUUUUCAGAUGUAUUUACAACCAGAUGAGAAGUCAACAAAGACCAAAGAAUUGUCACAAACACAACCAUCUAUUCAGAAUGUAAGUCCCUGGAAGUUGAAACCAAACACAGUCACAGAGAAGGGUGUGAAGCCUCCGACAGAACACACGUCAGACACCGAGAUCGACCCGGUCACAGGUCAACCAGUGCAUAUAUAUGAACCACCUGCCAAGAGAGUGAAGGUUGACACUAUCCCCAUCAGCACCAAUGAGUUUGUGUUGCGAGAGCAGGCUCAGAAGAAGAAAAAGAAGAAGAAAAAGGACCCACUGUAUGAGGCAAGUCUUCCCGGGGCCAUGGACGAGGGAGUGGUUGAAGAGCCAUCCCUUGGGGAAGAGGUGGGAGAAGAACCAGAGGAGGAGGAGGAAGAAGGAGAAGAAGAAGAAGAGGUGCCAAAGAAGAAGGGGAGGAAAACCAAGGAGUUUGUGCCACAUGAUUACAGUGGUUCUUACAGCAAAAUAUUUCAAGGAACUUCAAAAGCUAAAGAUGAGUUUAAUCCUGCUGGAAAAUUCAAGAAAGGAAAAAAGAAUAAGAAUCAGAAACGCAACAGCUCCCGAGGGAACAAAAGUUUCACCUACAACCGCGGUGGGCCCCAGGGUCGAGGCCACAAGAAGCAUUAGAGAAACGGGACAUCGCCACAGAUAGUACCACAUCAUCACUGCAUCUCGCUGUCUCUCUGGGGAGGCUCCAUCAUCUCUUGUAAGCCUAUAAAGAUGAAGGAAAGGAUCAGGUGUAAAUUAUCAAUUUCAGCAGGGAUCACGCUAUCUUUGCUAAGUUAUUUCCAACUUUCUGAGUAUAGACUUGAAAAUAAAGAGUGGUUAGAAUUGGUCUUCAGCAACCAAUGCUUGUCGUUCGAGGAAACUGACAGGAAUGUGUAGUCAGGCUUUCUGACUUGAUUGAUUCAUGUCAUUUUAUCCCAAAUGCAUUGAUCAGUAUGAAUCAUUAGACUGUCUGGUUCAGACUCAAUUUUUUAUGGACUGACAUCGGUUUGCUGCAAUAUUGCUGAGUGUUACAAAACAAAUUAACAAGGAGCUAAGAAGCCUUGUUAGAUUUGAGGAUAUUUAUCUAGAAGUCUACAAGACGUCUUUGACGUUCAGUUCCUCGGUGACUGCCUCCAGGGUCUAGUGGAGAGAGUGUCUGCUUGGAGAGCGGAAGGUUCGGUGUUCGAUCCCCAGCCAAGUCAUGCCAAAGUAUUUUAAAAGAUAGUACUUUUUGUUGCCCUGCCUGAUGCUCGGAGGGGCGGUCGGGUAGCG